AUGAGGUACAACAAAUCAAAACUUGCAAUUUUGAUCGUGUUUGUGCUAUUAUUGGAAGGGGUGUUAAUGGUACAUGUUAGAACCAAAUCCAAGUUGAAGCAACAUUCUUCAAGGCCAAGCUCAUCAUCAGGGAGUGUUUUCUUCAAGAUAUGGAACUUCAACUACAGAAGCAGCAACGAGAAUAGCUCUGGGAAUGGCAGAAACUUAAAGUUGAAGCACAGAAGAUUUAGCAACCAUGGCUUCUUCAGAUCACUCCCAGCUGCUGAUGAAGAACAGAAGAGAAUCACACCAAAUGGUGCAAACCCACUUCACAACAGGUGA